AUGACAGUCGCAUGUCAAAGGAUAAAUUAUCUGAUAAUAGGAGUUAUUGGUUAUCCUAAUCUGCUGUUUGUGCUUUUGUUCUUCAACUUGACAGAAAUUGAGGGAUUGAAGAGAAAGUUGACUAACAAGCUCGGUCCUAGUUUGGAAAAUCUUGUGCCUGCCUGGCAGAUAGGUGAAUGUGUGGCAAUAUGGUGGAGGCCGAAUUUCAAAACCUACAUGUAUUCGUACUGUCCUCCUCACAUAACAAAACCAAAGGAGUGCAGAGUGCUUUACAUGGUCCAAUUAUCUGAUAGGGGAUACUUUGAGGUGCCGGGAGAUCUAGCACUUCUUGCUGUUCCAAUGUUUCAACUGUGUGACAAUGUUCAGAAAUAUGGUUCCAUUAAUUCCAGCAUUCCUCAGCAGCUUUCCAGAUUCGAGUUUAGAAUGAUCAACAAAUAA